AUAUGUGUGUGUCUCAAAUAUACAUCCAAUAGGCAUCGCAAGCAUUCCUUGCUAGCCACUUUGGAGUUCAUAUCAAGCUUCUCUUUGAAGGAAUGGUGAGGGUUGAGCAGCACAAGAUACAAAGUCCAUCCGCCGAGCCAUUCAGCAGAUCAAAAGACAAGGGACUCGGAAAAGCGGCCGCAUCACCGUCCAUUGAUAAGAAGAAUAUGAAGAUGAAGAAGUAUAAAGGAGUUCGAAUGAGAAGCUGGGGAUCCUGGGUUUCGGAGAUCCGAGCCCCUAACCAGAAAGCCCGGAUCUGGCUUGGCUCUUACUCCACCCCCGAGUCCGCUGCCAGGGCCUACGAUGCUGCCCUACUCUGCCUGAAGGGCGGCUCUGCAGCCGGUCUCAACUUCCCUGUCGAUAAUGUUCAUCAUUAUCCUUGUGAAACCCUAAUGUCUCCCAAGUCCAUCCAGAGAGUGGCUGCUGCUGCGGCCAAUGGAAUUUACGGUAAUGCCGCUGCAUCCACGGAAUCGCCUGUCUCAUCGCCGUCGAUCUCAACGGCCUCCUGCUCCUCCUCCUCCUCUUCUUCUCCUUCUUCGCCUGCCAACCAACAAGAUGAUCAUGAAACAUUGCCUACUACUGAUCUGCCUCCGUCCUCUGCAACAAUGAGUUGCGACAUUGAUGAUUGUUUGAUGCAGUCGCUAGUUACAUGGACCGAUUUCAACUACACGCUGCCAUGGCCAGAGUUGUAUUUUGAAGAUGAAAGCUUCAUCAGCGGUGCAGCCCUCGAUCCUACCGUGCUUCUUGACGAUUCUCCCUAUGAAGAUGGCAGCGAUAUACGAUUAUGGAGCUUCUCCUGAAUUUAUUUUUUAUUCUUUUUUUAAAAUUUUAAUAUCUUCAAUUAGGAUCUACAUGUCAUUCAUUAUUCAUUCAUUCAUUAAUUUGUUCACUCAUCGUUAAAUUUCUCUUCUUUUUUUUUAUGUAUUUUGAUUUUUCGGCCAAUUAAAUGUUUAUAGAAGUUACUGGCUUUGACCAAAGAAAGUUUUUGGUGGUAAAUUUGCGCAAGAAAAAUAAAUAAAAUAAAAAUUGAACAUUGGUUGGGUUUGGAAUGAAA